AUGACCGUCCCUAAAGACCGCAACAACCCAGAAAGGGAAGACCAGACGUCGAGUACCGAUGAACGUAUGGAAGCGAAGACCGAGCUCAAUAAUUGUGCCCGUUGUGCAGUUAUUGUCUUUUCCAAGUCCUAUUGCCCCCAUAGUGCCCGGGCCAAGUCUAUCCUCUUAGACAAAUACUCAAUUGUCCCAGCACCUUACGUGGUAGAGCUUGACCAACAUGCACUGGGCCAACCGCUGCAGGCUCUCUUGGCAGAGAAUACUGGCCGCCGUACCGUGCCUAAUGUUCUAAUUAGUGGAAGAAGCAUUGGUGGCGGGGAUGAUGUGGUCGCUCUCGAUGAGAAGGACGAGUUGGCGUCAACAUUCAAGAAGUUGGGAGGACAGUUGGACGCUCUUGGUCAGAGGAAUUUGUUGGGUGAAGCAUUGCGCGUUGCGUCUACGAGGGUUGAUCCUCAGGCAGGUAAGUGGAAAGAGAAAGCGACCCGGUUGCCUUUGAGGAAUUUCGAUCCUUUCGAACGACCGACCGCACGACGACAUCGACAAUUCUCCCUCGGACAUUCCACAGCCCACGCAGUCAAGAUGCGGUACAUUCACUCCGAGGAACGGCUGCCCAUCCCCGAGAAUGUGAAGGUUCACAUUCGCUCCCGGGUUGUGACCGUUGAGGGCCCUCGAGGCAAGCUGGUUAAGGACCUCUCCCACAUCGCUGUCACCUUCGGCCGCCCUGAGAAGGAUGUUAUCUCUAUCGAGAUGCACCACGGUGCCCGCAAGGGUGUUGCUACCCUCCGUACCGUUCGCACCAUCAUCAAUAACCUGAUUAUUGGUGUCACUAAGGGCUUCAAGUACAAGAUGCGCUACGUCUAUGCUCACUUUCCCAUCAACGUCAACAUUGAGAAGAACUCUGAGACUGGCCUUUACGACGUUGAGAUCAGAAACUUCUUGGGUGAGAAGUACGUCCGUCGUAUCACUGCCCAGCCCGGUGUUGAGAUCAUCACGUCCCCCAACGUUAAGGAUGAGCUUCAGCUCUCCGGCAACUCCCUCGAGAAUGUCUCUCAGAGCGCUGCCGACAUUCAGCAGAUCUGCAGAGUCCGCAACAAGGAUAUCCGAAAGUUCCUUGACGGUCUGUACGUGUCUGAGCGGGGUAACAUUGUUGAGGAAUAGAUGAUAACGGGGAUUGUCCGCCUUGAUGGGUAGUUAAGGAUGCCAGGGGAAU